AUGUCCGAGCCACUGCAAAACACCUCUUCGUUAACACCAGCUAUCCCACGUCUUAUUAAGAGGAGAAAUGCAACUUCAGAUGAGAAAAUAUCCCGAAUGGUGCGGUAUUUCCGGCUAGGCUGGAGCUGUGAAGCUAUAUCCAAAGAAAUUAGUGUCAAUGUUCGCACUGUUUAUAGAUAUCAAUAUAAUCUGAUAAAACACCAUACGCUUCGACUACCGUCUUAUCGAACACCCGGCCGGCCUAGGAUGCUGUCUCAAGACGAUAUUGAUUCACUUUUCGAAUGGUUAUUACAUGAGAGCUGGCGGCAACAGGAUGAAAUAAGAAGUUGGCUGUAUUUUGAGAGAGGAGUUGAAGUUAGCCAAUCUACCAUUUCUCGUCUAAUAAAGAGACAGAAAUGGAGUAGAAAACAAUUAAAGCGAAUAUCCCUGAAUCGAAGCCAGGCUCUCCGAGAUGCAUAUACUGAGGAUAUACAGCAGUUUGCAGCAGAAGAUCUCAUCUUUCUUGAUGAAUCUAUAUUCAACGAAAAGACCGGCUGGCGCCAACAUGCCUAUUCAGCUGUUGGAGAAGAUGCAGAGAUUGAAGAUUCAAUAAACCGAGGAAGCACCUGGUCUAUAUGCGCGGCUAUGACAUUGGAUGGCUAUCUUCCUUGCACUGGGGUCAAAAAGGGAUAUUUUAGUGCUGAGAACUUUGCAGAGUGGUUGACUGAUAAAUUAUUGCCUGCUGUGAAUGCAUUGCAACGAUAUCCUAUGGUUAUUAUAUUGGAUAAUGUUGCUAUCCAUACACAGGAGCAAGUUCAUCAAAUUAUUGAGGAAGCCGGUCAUAUUAUUCGUUAUUUACCACCAUACUCGCCAGAUUUUAAUCCGAUCGAGCUCACAUUUUUGGUUCUUAAGGCUUGGAUGAAGAGGAAUUGGAUAUUUUUAAGGAUGACGUUUGCUAAUUAUGGAGACUUUUUAACAUAUUCGAUUGGAGCAAGCGGAUGUGAUAGAUUUGCUAGAAAGCAAUUCAAGCAUGCUGCAAAUGGAGUGUAUAUUGAGGAGGAAGAGCUUAUCCAAUUCAAGCAAUUCCUAGAUCGAUAUGAGGUAGAUAACACACUUGAUUUACCAUUAGAUUAG